GCGCACACAUUCCAUUUGUGUUAUCCAUCUCCGCUUCUCAGAAGAAGGCGUCUUCAUAAACGCCUUCUCUCUUCUUUGUCUUUCAACUCUCGUUCUCUAUACUUUCUCUUCAUUUCGUUUCUUGUGUAGUUUGAUCUGCGAAGAUGAGAGAGUGCAUCUCCGUUCACAUUGGUCAGGCCGGUAUCCAGGUCGGAAAUGCUUGCUGGGAGCUCUACUGUCUCGAGCACGGCAUCGGCCCUGAUGGGCAAAUGCCAAGUGACCACACCGUUGGCGGUGGUGACGAUGCUUUCAACACAUUCUUCAGUGAGACUGGUGCUGGAAAGCAUGUUCCACGUGCUGUUUUUGUAGAUCUGGAGCCCACUGUCAUUGAUGAGGUGAGGACUGGAACUUACCGUCAGCUCUUCCACCCUGAGCAGCUCAUCAGCGGAAAAGAAGAUGCUGCCAACAACUUUGCCCGUGGUCAUUAUACCAUUGGUAAAGAGAUCGUAGACCUGUGCUUGGAUCGCAUCAGGAAGCUUGCUGAUAACUGUACUGGUCUUCAGGGCUUCUUGGUCUUCAACGCAGUUGGUGGUGGCACUGGAUCCGGGCUUGGAUCUCUUCUUCUUGAGCGCCUGUCAGUUGAUUAUGGCAAGAAAUCAAAGCUUGGGUUCACAGUGUACCCUUCUCCUCAGGUGUCCACCUCUGUCGUUGAGCCAUACAACAGUGUCCUCUCCACUCACUCCCUCUUGGAGCACACUGAUGUUGCUGUUCUCUUGGACAAUGAAGCCAUUUAUGACAUCUGCAGACGCUCGCUUGAUAUUGAGCGUCCCACCUACACCAACCUCAACCGCCUCGUGUCGCAGGUGAUUUCUUCAUUGACUGCUUCCUUGAGGUUUGAUGGUGCCCUCAAUGUGGAUGUGACUGAAUUCCAGACCAACCUGGUCCCAUACCCCAGAAUCCACUUUAUGCUUUCCUCCUAUGCACCAGUUAUCUCUGCUGAGAAGGCCUAUCAUGAACAGCUUUCAGUGUCAGAAAUCACCAACAGUGCAUUUGAGCCGUCAUCCAUGAUGGCCAAGUGUGAUCCACGUCAUGGAAAGUACAUGGCCUGUUGUCUCAUGUACCGUGGUGAUGUUGUACCCAAAGAUGUCAAUGCUGCAGUUGCCACCAUCAAGACCAAGCGCACCAUUCAAUUUGUGGAUUGGUGCCCCACUGGUUUCAAGUGUGGUAUUAACUACCAGCCACCUACUGUUGUUCCCGGUGGUGAUCUUGCCAAGGUGCAGAGGGCAGUGUGCAUGAUUUCAAACUCUACUAGUGUGGCUGAGGUGUUUGGUCGCAUUGACCACAAGUUUGACCUCAUGUAUGCCAAGCGUGCUUUUGUUCACUGGUAUGUGGGUGAGGGUAUGGAAGAAGGUGAAUUUUCAGAAGCUCGUGAGGACCUUGCUGCCCUCGAGAAGGAUUAUGAAGAAGUUGGUGCUGAGUCUGCUGAGGGUGGAGAUGAUGAUAUCGAGGACUAUUAGAAGACUUGAUUCUCGGCCCUUGUUUGGCAUUCGUGAUGAUCUUUUUAUCGUUUCAACCUUUGUGAACUGUUUGCGUGUGUUGUUCAUCUUAGUAGCAUCGUUUUGUUGCUCAUAAGAUUUCCCUAGUUUAGUAUCCGUUAUUGACCUAUGUGUGUCAUUCCGAAAUGUAUGCCAUUAAAAUGUUUUGACCUAUGUGUGUCAUUCCGAAAUGUAUGCCAUUAAAAUGUUUUUCACCAUCAUAUACUUAUCGUUUAUUGCA